CAUCUCUCUCUCUCUCUCUCUCGCUUUCUGUCUGUAUUUUUGCUCCAUUUCUCUUGGAGGAGGCGCACGGUGUUUGCCUAUCGUCUGUCUUCUCCCGUGUCUCAUAAAAAAGGAGUUUGGACGGCAGAAAAGAGGAAAAGAACGGAAAUGACCAACAAUUUUGGAAACAUGGCGUCGGUCGAUUUCGACCCGCUGGACGCGUCGAUUCCUGCCACCAAAGUUGAAAUCACAGUGUCGUGCAGAAACUUGCUGGACAGAGAUACCUUCUCCAAAUCUGACCCAAUUUGUGUUCUCUACACUCAAGGCAUUGGCAACAAGGAAUGGAGAGAGUUUGGAAGGACGGAGGUGAUCGACAACACACUAAACCCAGACUUUGUGCGGAAAUUUAUUUUGGACUACUUCUUUGAAGAGAGACAGAACCUCCGGUUUGACUUGUAUGACGUUGACUCCAAGAGCACCAACCUGUCAAAACAUGAUUUUCUGGGUCAGGCCUACUGUACUCUCGGAGAGGUGGUUGGAUCUUUGGGCAGUCGCAUGGAGAAACCUCUGGGAGGCAUCCUGGGAAAGAAAUGUGGCACCAUCAUUGUGAAAGCUGAGGAGCUCAGCAACUGCAGGGAGUCGGUGAUGAUGCAGUUCUGUGGGAAUAAGCUGGACAAAAAGGAUUUCUUCGGCAAGUCAGACCCCUUCCUGGUCUUCUACAGGAGCAACGAGGAUGGCACGUUUACCAUCUGCCAUAAGACAGAAGUGGUGAAGUACACGUUGAACCCAGUUUGGGAGGCUUUCAAAAUACCUGUUCGGGCUCUCUGCAACGGUGAUUAUGACAGAGCAAUUAAGGUGGACGUGUACGACUGGGACCGAGAUGGCGGACAUGACUUCAUUGGGGAGUUCAGCACCACCUACAGAGAACUAGCCAGAGGACGGAACCAGUUUAAUGUCUAUGAGGUGAUAAAUCCAAAGAAGAAAGUAAAGAAGAAAAACUAUGUCAAUUCCGGAACGGUCACGCUUCUGUCGUUCCUGGUGGACACUGAAGUCACCUUCCUGGACUACAUCAAAGGAGGGACCCAGAUUAACUUCACCGUGGCCAUUGAUUUCACAGCUUCCAAUGGUAACCCGGCACAGCCCACUUCGCUGCACUACAUGAGCCCCUACCAGCUGAACGCCUACGCCAUCGCCCUGAAGGCUGUUGGGGAGAUCAUCCAGGACUACGACAGCGACAAGAUGUUCCCUGCCCUGGGUUUCGGGGCCAAGCUGCCUCCUGACUGGCGGGUCUCCCACGAGUUUGCCUUGAACGGAAACCCGCAGAACCCGUACUGUGCAGGCAUUGACGGCGUGAUGGAAGCAUACUAUCAGAGUCUGAAGUCAGUUCGACUCUAUGGACCCACCAACUUCUCUCCUGUUAUCAACCACGUAGCUAGGUACGCAGCCUCGGUGAAGGAUGGUUCGCAGUAUUUUGUGCUCCUCAUCAUUACAGAUGGUGUCAUCUCUGACAUGGCCCAGACCAAGGAGUCUAUUGUCAAUGCCGCCUGUCUGCCAAUGUCAAUCAUCAUUGUUGGAGUAGGGCCUGCUGAAUUUGAUGCCAUGAUUGAGCUGGAUGGUGAUGAAGUCAGAGUGUCAUCCAAAGGAAGAGCUGCAGAGAGGGACAUCGUCCAGUUUGUGCCGUUCAGGGACUUCAUCGACCGGUCGGGGAGCCACAUCCUGAGCAUGGCCCGGCUCGCGAAAGACGUCUUGGCUGAAAUCCCAGACCAGUUCCUUUCCUACAUGAAGACCCGUGGGAUCAAGCCCUUACCAACACCGCCACCCUACACGCCUCCACUGCAACCCGUCCAAACACAGAUAUGAGGAGCAAGAAGGUGGAGGGUUAGCAGAACCAAACCCAGUGCCCUAAAAUACUUCCGUUUCCUUAAAGCCACUACUCGAUGCCUUGUCGUGGCGGACGCGGGUGGUCUUGAAGAAACUCUCACUGCCAUGAGGUAGCAGCUGUAAGUGGGGACCAGGAGAGCGGCGCACAUGUUUACUUCCACUGUCACGCAUUCCUCUUACAGACUGGAAUUCUUGUCUGGGAAUACUGGAGAGACUGGAAUCAGCGUCGGAAUGUGAAUUCUGAAGGAAGGGGGGAAAAAAGGGUGGAAAGGGGUUUUUUGUGGGAGGGGAAAAAUUGUAAAGAGAAUGUCUUCUGUAAAUAACUGGAUGAAUUAACUUAUUUCUCGUUUCUUUCUCCAGCUCACUCAUUGUUUACAGUAAAUGGUAACAGGUUUUUACUGUUGAUACUUUUCUAUACACACAGUUUGAGUGUGAAGCUCGUAACUCUCUUUCCUGGUACGUGUGUCAGGUAGCAGCAGGUCCUGGUAGCACUUCUGUACCGUGCUGUACCGUACCGUACUGUAUUCUGGUGUUUGUAUGACUUUUGCAUGAGUAUAGCCUCGGUCACGUGCAUGCGUAUAGCGGCCCUGCACUACCUCUUCUGCCAUCUGUCUGUCUGUAAAUGUCUCACUUCACACCGUCUGCGUGGAAGCCCAAACCCCCGUCUGUCUCCUGCUGAAGCUUUUCUUCUCUCUGUCUCUCUCUCUCGUUUUCAUUUUCUUUUUCUGAGUCUCUCGCUUUGACCAGCUGUGUUCCCAUUCAACUCACAGUUUGGCUGAAUAGGAAAUCAUCUCUUUUUAGGCCUCGCUAAAUUCAGAAUGCUUGUUUUAUGUAAUAACGAGCAAAGAGAUUCUCUUGGUAUUUUCUUUGCGCGGUUGCCGAGGUUCAUUUUUGUAUUCCUUUGACCUGUAGAUUUUGUAUUUACACACAGUAGAUCGUGCUUCCACCAACUUGUAAUGCCGACAUCAUGAUCUCAAAAGAGGUUGCCCUCAGGUUAGGUUUGGAAACGUGCACUGGUGCUGCACCCACAACCAAAUGCAGAGCAGGUAGCACAAUGGGGUAGGAGUUGGGUUACCAAUAUAGUGUUUCCCCCUAUAGUGGUACAGGCCUGGCAGCCCACCAGGUCAGAAACAUGUUUUAAUAACACCAACAAAUACAGUGAAAAACACAACCUGAUCACACGGCAAAAACGUGAUGAUGUCACGCAAAGUGAUUUAAUAUAGUAGUUCACGAUACUGUCAUGAAAAUGCAACACAUUUUGUGACAAAAAUAUAUCAUGAUGUUAUCACAAAAUGUGGCGUGACAUGUUGUGGGUUUAUAGGUUAGAAAGUAGUGACCAAGAGUUGUGCGCGUUAUGAAAAUGUAACGCAUUUCAUGAUGGUAUGAGACUGGGCUGGAAAAACAACACCAAAUAUCCAUUGGAAAUCAAGAAACAUUUCGGUGCAGCCUUCAUGCUGACGCUGUUCAAGUGACACAAAGCUCUGCCCCCCACCCCACCCCCAUUGUUGUCCUAAGCUUCAUACGUGAGUCAAAAUAGAUAUAACUCACUAUGCAUUCAUUUUCACAUUAAAUCAUAACUUAACAGUCACAGAAUCGUGAUCUUAAAUUUGAUUCUGUUGCUUGAACCAGUCUGGUUUUGCGCUGGACGCUGUGCUGACCAUUAAUUAAACACAUCCACAGAUUUGUUAAACAUUUUAGACUGUGUAAAAAUAUUUGAUUUGCAAAGAUUUUCGCCCAGGAUUUAACUUUUAAUGGAGCGGAUUUUAAAAUUAAAACGGUCUUCAUCAAUUAAGAUAUUUAUUAAAGAGGCCAUUCAGUGCAAAACUAGUUUUUAUCUACUUUUUCAUAUAUUUAAGGAUUGUGCUCUGGAAUAGGUGCCAAUGGGGUAUCGCAAUGUAUGCAGAAAGGCGUUUUGUUUUGGGUUUUUUUGGGGUUGGGGGGGUUCUAUACGACUCUUCAAGAUGAAAUUGUGCAAAUUAUUUUUUGCCAGAAAAGCUUUGAAGUAGGGUUGUUGUUUUUUUUUUCUGUAGAAUUUCGGAUUUUUAUACAUAUAGUUUCUGACUGUUGAAUGAAAACACACCUCUCUCUCUCUCUGUCUCUCUCUCUCUCUCGCCCCCCCCCCCCCUCCCGCCCUGCCCCACCCCUGGCGAUGGCGUGCCCUCAUAACCAGAGGUUUUGUCUUAUGUCGUUAACACCACAUCAGUGACCGUGUUUAAAACUACAGCAGCUGCUCUCAAACUGAAACCGGUUUGAGCUUAAAGAGCCCAGUGGUCAAAAAUGCAGAAAAAAAAUCACCCACUUUCCCUUUGUCGUGGUUGUUGUUCUCAUGUUUUUGUGUUUUUUUUUUGUUUGUUUGUUUUUGUUUUUUUUAUUAUUGUGUCUGGCUUUACUAGAACUUUUAUACAUUAAAUUUUGAUGUGUGCGUGCAAAUUAACAUCCAUCCUUUUGAAAUUGUCGUACUGCCAAAAUAGUGAGAGAACUUUUUCUGUUUUGGUCAUGGAUGUUGAAGGAUUUUUAUUGAUUUUUGAUUUACAUUUUUAUGAAGAUACAAUUGUGUGAUCACUGAGUAAAAUGCCAAAAUAAGAGUGAAGGACACAAGUGCAAAGAAAAUAGUGGUUUGGUUUAAAAUGUACUUCCUGAUAAUCGCACAGUGUGCUAAUUUAAUCCAAUGUUGUAGAAAAUUGUAUUUUAUAAGAUACAGUGACAAAGAAAAGAAGAAAAACACCUUACGAAGAACUACAACCCAAUUUGCCACAUGGUGUGACCAAACUAAAGCCUUGCUUCCUGGUAAUGUUCAAGUUUUAAAUGAGUAUUUCUACUUUACUUUUUCAAAGUGGCAUUUUUGACAUUUUUAUCACAUGCUCAGACUUUAAGAUGAGCUGUCCAUGGUGCUGAAUGUAUGUAACAUAUUAUACAUACAGUAAAUACAGGCCGUUUUAGUAGAUUUUUAAUGAUAAAUAGAAAUUACAAAGAACACUUGGCCGAGGAUAGGGAAGUGUGGGAUGAGCCGCUUGUUUACUGCCACUGUGACCCGGACCAGGAUAAAUGGUAGUAAAUGAAUGAAUGGCUAAGUGUUGCAUACAACAUUAUAGAAUAGAAUAGUUUUAUAUUUGUCCUUUGACUCAAAACAGUCAGCAUUUCUGUUUUAGAAUGACCUGCCAUGGCUUAUCUGCAGUUUCUUCACAGUCCACCAGGAGUCCAUGCCCUACACUUUGUGAAUCGCUAAUAUAAACAAUAUUUUAUUGAUAGAACAAAUAUUGGACAUGAUCUGUUAGUAUUAUGAUAAAUCUAUCAUUACUAUCAUGAAGUUUUCUAAUUAGUCUGCUAAUCGGUUACAUUAACUAAAUGAUUAAUACCAAAACUUGUUUCUAUUACACUAACAAAUGUAUAACUACUGUUAAAUGUUUCUCGAUCCAGUCACUUACUCUGUUUUAUCCUGUGUGAUCAUGAUUAAGAUGUAAUUUGAGUUGGUGAAAGGCAUAAGUGUCAUUAUUAACACAAAAUUCAUCUUAAAAUGCAGUUCGGUUUAAAAUCGUGAACUUUGAUCAACUAUUAAUCUUCUCAAAGCACAACUGAAACCUCUAAACGAGCCACAAUUAACAUGACGAGGACCAGAUGAACUACUGUAUGUCGAAUAAAAAUUUCUUGUUCUUUAGCUCCUUAAAAUGCUCUUAAAUGGAGGCACUUAUUUUACUGAGAAUCGUAAGUUAUGAUUUGAAGAGUCAAGUUGUUCAGCUUUGUUGGAGUCCAAAUACAAAUGUAGCGUGAUGGCGUAGUUGGACUUCGUUUCGGUUACAGGUUAAAAAAAAAAAAAGCAGCAAAACAACAUUGUAGCUUCAUUUGACACAAAGUCAGAAGUAAUAAUGCAGAAUAGGUAUAUCCUCUUGGAGUUGUAGGAUUUGUUUUUGUGGGUGGGGGUUCCACAUGUUUGUAAGUAGAAGCUACUAGAAUGCAUGAGUGAUACGUACGUGUCUGUUUCCGGAUUUUAUUUUAUUUAUUUUUUUUUUUUGUCAGAAGGAAGAGUAUGAUCUUGAGCUUUUUGACAGCACGGUAUUGUGAAAAACCUGUUUGAAAAAUGUAGGAUUUUUUUAAGGCAGUUGUACUUCUAUACACCUGUACAAUUUAACCUGGGGAAAAACUUUGUCAAAAAGGUUGUCCAAGCAUGACCUUGAGCUUCAUACAAGCAAGCAGUCUAACUUUGUCAUUUAACUUAUUUCAUCAAUGAAGUAAUCUGCCAGCAAUUAAACCAAAAAAUACAACAAAACCCGGCAUGCAGUAAAAUGUAAUGUUUUUAGAGUUACUGUAUGUUCAGUUUUUAAAUUACACAUUUUUAUUAUUUUUUUUUUAUGUAAAUCAGGUUUAUCCACACCCUUAACUGAAAUGAUACAUAAAAAUGUAUAUACACCCACACACGCACUAUCCCUGAAGGUCAUAUGCACUCAUACUUGAUAAGCACAAGUGGAUUUUUCAAAAGAUAGAGCAGUAACUUUGUUUAUACAUUAGAAGUGAAUGGAACUGACUGACAUGCUUUGUUAAAAUAUUACAAUGUGGGAUUUUUUAAAACAUUUUGACUAAAUCUAAGUGCGUGCUCUCUUUUUCACUUUUCCUCCCAUCUCCCUUCAGGCUCCUUUCACCAAAUUUAAUUUGAAAACUAGCCAACUACGCCAGAACCAACAUGAGUGGUUAGUUGGUGGUUUUGUAGUUUUUAAGACUGGCGUCCUGUCCUGGGUGUACCCCGCCUCGCGCCCUAUGACUGCUGGGAUAGGCUCCAGCCCCACGCGACCCUUAAUUGGACUAAGCGGUAGAAGAUGAAUGAAUGAAAGAAUUUGGUAUUUUUACUUUCUUGUCAUCGUAGCAGAAUUUCAGCAACUUCGCACAUUUCCAUCGAACUGUGUGUGUGUGUGCACGCGCACGUGUUCAGAGUGUUUUAUUCACCCACGUGAGGUGUUCACAUAUUUGUUUAAUAAAGCUAUCCAAAAAAUAAUUAUAUCCUGCUCGUUCAUAUCUGCUUAUUAACAACGUGCACUAUGUUUGCAUGUGCAGUUUUACGAAGGACACGUCAAUUCCUUUUGUGAAAAACAAGUGUCUUGGAACAUAAAUCUAUAUGGAAAAACAACUGUACAAAAAGCCUUAAAUCUUUCACAGAUUUUUUUUUUUCUUGGAAUUGUGUGAUGCCUUCUUGAGAUAAAAAUGAUUUGUUUUAUGGAUUUAAUAAUCUAUUUUGUGUCAGUGUUUUUAUUAGUUUCUGGUGUGUUUUCUUUGCAUUUACUUGGAAGAAAAAAUCUUGUACUUUUUUUGAAAUGUGUAAUCAGACAACGCAUGGCUGCAGUACUGAUUGUCUGAUAAUAUAAUUAAUAUAGAUGACUAUUUCUGUAUCAAACUGGAUUUUUAAAUAAAUAUUCAUAUUAAAUGCAAA